AUGGGCCCCGCGCCGCGCGGCGAUCGCGGCGGCGUCGCCGGCCCGUCCCCCGCCUCCCGCGCCCUCCCGACCGAGCUCCACGCGACGAUGGGAGGCGCGCACGAGGGGCCGAUCCUCGCGGUGCGAUUCAGCGUCAGCGGCGCGUACCUCCUGACGUGCGGCAAAGAUCGAACGUUUCGGCUCUGGAACCCGUUCAAGGGCGCGCUGAUCAAGACGUACACCGGGCACGCGCACGAGGUCAGGGACGUGUCGUGCGCGCGAGACAACGCGAAGAUGACCACGGGCGGGGGCGACAAGCAGGUGUUUUUGUGGGACGUCGCGACGGGGCAAAAGAUUCGACGUUUCCGCGGGCACGACGCCGCCGUCAACGCGGUAUCCUUCGCCGCGGACGAUCAGGUCGUCGUCUCCGCCGGGUACGAUCGCGCGGUCAAGUUCUGGGACGUGCGGUCCAACAGCAUCGACGCGAUCCAGAGCGUCUGCGCGUGGAAAGACUCCGUGACGAGCCUCGCGAUCACGCGAAAUCAUUGCGUCACCGCCGCGAGCGUCGACGGAUCGAUCCGCACGAUGGAUCUCCGCGCCGGUCGCGCCACCGCCGACGCGCUGGGGAGCGAGCACCCGAUCACGAGCGUGCGCGCGAGCGGCGACGAGCGGUGCUUCCUCCUCAGCGUCCUGGGCGGGCGGUGCGUGCUGCUCGACCGCGGCGACGGCGACGUCUUGGCGGAGUACCGCGGGCACGUCCACGACGAAGGCGCGUUCGUAUUCACACUGGUCCCCAUACGACCGCGUUGGCGUGUGUCCGUCGAGUCGCGGCUCACGCGCGACGACUCGCACGUCGCGAGCGGCUCGGAGGACGGCAAGGUGGUGUUCUGGGACCUCGUCGAGGCGAACAUCGCGGCGACGAUAGACGCACACCCGGGGAAGGCGUGCGUGUCGCUCGCGAUGCAUCCCACGAAGGACGCGAUGGCGACGUGCGGGACGGACGGCGUGGCGAGGCUGUGGGGUCCGACCGCGGGGCGAGGCGUCUUCUGA